AUGGCGAUUUGGACCAGCUUUUCCAAACUUAAAUUAUUACUGCUAAUAGUACUUCUGGUAAAACUCUCCAACGCUAGCCGACCAAGCUUGUUCUCUACUUCCUUUUCAGCCAAAGAACCAGGAAAUGAUAGCACUAUAUGGGCAGUUCUUGUUGCCGGUUCUAACGGGUACUACAACUACCGUCAUCAGGCAAAUGUUUGUCAUGCAUAUCAAAUUCUAAAACGAGGUGGGUUGAAAGAUGAAAACAUAGUCGUGUUUAUGUAUGAUGAUAUUGCCAAUGAUCCAAGCAACCCACGACCCGGAACAAUUAUCAACAGUCCCAACGGCUCAGAUGUCUAUGCUGGGGUGCCAAAGGACUACACUGGCAAAACCGUGACUGCAGCCAAUUUCUUCGCUGUACUUCUAGGUAAUGCAACAGCGGUGCAGGGUGGAAGUGGGAAAGUUGUAGCCAGCAAACCUGAGGAUAAAAUCUUUGUGUAUUACACCGAUCAUGGCGGCCCUGGAAUUCUUGGCAUGCCAAUACUACCUUACAUUCAAGCCAACACUUUCAUUGAUGUUUUGAAAACAAAGCAUGCAAUGGGUACCUAUAGUGAGAUGGUUUUAUAUAUUGAAGCAUGUGAUAGUGGAAGUAUUAUCCAAGGUCUGCUGCCUUCAGAUCUUAACAUAUAUGCGAUAACUUCAACGAAUCCAAAAGAACUUGGUUGGGCCACAUAUUGCCCGGAUAUGAACCCUCCUCCACCCCCAGGGUUCGACACCUGUUUAGGUGACUUAUUCAGUGUUUCAUGGAUGGAAGACAGCGACUCUGCGAAUUUGAGGAUUGAAACUUUGGAACAACAAUAUUCAAAGGUGAAGGUGAGGACUUUAAAUAGUAACAAUACUGCUCAAGGAUCUCACGUGAUGCAAUACGGUACUGUAAGCAUAAGCAACGAGACUGUUUCGGUUUAUCAAGGUUCUGCUCCUGGCAACGUCUCUGCAGACACAGUUCAGUCUUUCGGCUCAAUGGGUGUUGUAAACGAAAGAGAUGCAGACAUUUAUGGAAUGCGACAAAAGUACAACAGAUUAGAAGACGGAUCACAAGAGAAGCAGGAACUAUACGAGAAUAUCAACAAGAUUUCCGCACAUAGGUCUCAUUUGGAUACCAGUGUAGCCAAAAUUGAAGGCUAUUUACUAGGAAAUAAACAAGGAUCGUCAAUCAUUAAUUCAGUGAGAAGCCAAGGAUCGGCACUUGUGGAUGAUUGGGGAUGUCUUAAAUCCAUGAUUCGGACAUAUGAGACAUACUGCGGAUCAUUGACUCAGUACGGCAUGAAACAUACACGAACAUUCGCUAAUUUAUGCAACAAUGGAAUUUCUGAGAAAGCCAUGGAAGAAGCUUCAAAGAAGGCUUGCAGCUCAUAUCAAAUGGGCCAGUUGAAUCCUGCGAUUGUUGGUUAUAGUGCUUGA